AUGAAGACGUGGGUGAGGGACGCAACGAAGCGUGUGCGCCAGCCGAACUUCGGACCGACACUCGAGUACAACGUGGACCAGUCCCUGCUCGAUCCAGUCUUGCAGUCGGUGUUCGUGCAGCUAAACUGCGACGAGGAGACCCAAUCGUUCUUGGAGACAUGUACUGCAGGAAGUCUAUGGGAAUCGCUGGGCUCCAGCUUGCUCGGACUCUUUUACUCGCUGACCGACACGAACGGAAUGCUCGGGCGCGGUCAGAUGUUUGUGCUCUCGCGCGCUCAAGUCCAGCAACUGUUUCGCAGGCAACAGGUUGUGGCAGGCUGCAAGACAUCUCUGCUCGACAUUGGAGCCGGAGACGGCCAUGUGACCGCGUCGCUAGCUUCGCUUGUCGACGAGGUGACCACGACGGAGGCUUCUGCUCCCAUGGUCGCCCACCUGGAUGCACGAGGGUACAACAGCGUCCAAACAUGCGACUUGCAGCACGAAAUCGUGCAGUCGCGAAAGCCGUACACCAUCAUCAGCAUGCUCAACGUCUUGGACCGCGCUGAUCGGCCUCUCACGAUGCUUCGCGCCGUUCGCGACCUACUGGAUCCACGGACGGGUCUCUUCUUGCUCGCGGUCGUCCUGCCGUUCUCGGCGUUCGUCGAAGCAGGUACCCGCCGUCUCGCGCCCACGGAAGAGCUGCCCAUGCAGGGCGGACGCUGCGCCGAGCACGCGUCCUUCGAGGCAGCAGCCAACGUGCUCUUGCACAACGUGUUGCUGCCGGCAGGUUUCAAGCUCCGCCAGUUCUCGCGCGUGCCCUACUUGUGCCGUGGCGACCUCCAGCAGCCGUAUUACGUGCUCUCGGACGCGGUGUUUGUCCUGGAAGUGGGCCCGAGCGGCGCUACUGGUACUGGAAGCACCUGA